AUGGCGAAGAUCUACGCCAGAGCGAGAGCUGUGGUUGUCUGGCUAGCACCCGCAACAGAGGCGAGUGGCAGAGCUAUGAGAACGAUCCGAUCGCUUGCCACAUUGCCAGAUGAUGAGAAAGAAUGGAAGGAAAGUAUAUUGAAACCGAAACACUUCCCGAAUAUGCGCCGUCACGGGCGGCUUCCAAUUAUACCCCGUCGGGCAGCUCCGAGCCGAACUGAGGAGUUCAUUGACACCCAUGAGAUUGGGUCUCUGGACAAGCAGGAUAUCAGGAAGCUCCUCAACCGCCCUUGGUUCAAGCGCAUCUGGGUAGUUCAGGAAGUAGCGGCCACUCGCCACUCGCCGCAUUGUUAUCGAGUGCGGCAGUGGCGACCUCAGCGGCCAGGCGCUCUGCUCAGACAUCGGCAGCGUUAUGCGCACAUGGCAACCCAAGCACGAUCCGGAGAUGCAGUUCUUACGUACCCCAAUCGAACCCACUAUGUUUUGAUGAAGAAUACAGACCGAAAACCUCGACACCUAGAGAACGACGGCUCACGGUUUUCUCUCAGUCUCGGCCGCCCCCUGAGUGAUCUUAUCGACAAGUAUCGCCACCGCGAAGCAAUGGACCGCCGUGAUAAGGUAUAUGCUCUGCUCGGCAUGUGCUCAGACGACCCUGGCGCCCUGCUGUCAGACUAUAACAUUUCCUGGUCGCAUCUAGACCAACAACUCACACGUUCGGUUCUGAAGCUGACCCACCCGGUAGUUAUCGAUGCUCGGGAUAACAGGGACUCGGUCACGAUCAAGGGAGAAGGCUAUGUUGUUGGAAGGUGA